UACAGUUGAUUAUUUUUCAAAUCCAGAUAUUCUCUCAUUUCGUUACAUUUUACGUAUUAGUAAAAUUUGCUUACAUAAAAUUAUAGUAAUUAUACAUUUUAUAAAAAAAAUAAUCUUCUUUUAUUGACUUUUAAAGAGGAAAAACUAUUAUGAAUAACGUGCAACCACGAGAGUUGGUGAGUGGAGCUUCCUAAUGAUUUUUAAAAAAACGAUGUGUUUGCUACUUUUUUAUGUGAAUCCAGAUGCUAAAACAGGUGAAUUAUAUUUAAUUCUGGCAAGUGUUCGAGAUGAAAUUUACAAUCGUCCGACCAAACUAGCAGAGUUUUGGGAGAAUUUUCCUAAUGUAAUUGGAGGUAGGGAUAUGGAACCUGGAAAAGAAGGUGGUACCUGGCUGGCCAUGAGUAAAACUGGAAAAAUUGCCGCUCUUCUCAAUAUUUUACAGCCAGACGAAGAAAUACUACCAAAUAAGAAAGGAAGAGGUUUCUUAGUAGUUGAUUAUGUUGCUGAUGAUAAGGAUUCAAUUAGUUACCUUAAAGAUAUCUGCUCACAAGGGGAAGACUAUAAUGAGUUUUUCUUAGUUACUAUGGAUUAUAGUUCCAGAAACAUGCCAAAAAUCUGCUGUUACAGUAACCAUUAUUCAUCAUCCCAACCAAUAUUGAUUGAACCAGGUGUACAUGCAUUUGGUAAUAGCAUUAACCCACUAGAAAUUUAUUGGCCAAAGGUCUUGGAGGCCAAAAAAAAAUUUAGCCAAAUAAUAAAUGGAAAGACUUCAGUUGCCACCAAAGACACAUUGGUAGAAGAUUUAUUCAGCUUACUGCGUGAUAAUACAAGAUAUCCCGUUGAUGACAUGAUGAGAAAACAAGGAAAGGGAAAAACUAGAGAUUUUUUGGAAAAAUUAAAUUCUAUAUUUGUAUCCAUCCCAGGAGCUAAUUAUGGUAGCAGAUGUCACACCGUAAUUACUAUUGAUGCUGAGGGUAAUGUUGAUUAUUUUGAAAGGAACAGACCUGAAAUCCUUUCUGAAGUUGAUGAUCAAUGGGUUUCCAAUAAUCAAUCAUUUAAGUUACUGUGGUGAAAAUCUUUAUUUUAUUCAAAUAUUUAUGUUAUGUAGAAUGAGUACUUUAUACAUAGUUGUUAUAUAUUUUUUAUACUGCUGUUAACACUUAAAUAAAAUAUAUUUUGCUGUUUA